AUGGACUUGUUACCUAUGCACUUCCGCACGUUUCGAUUCUUCGGCCUCUGGUACGAUGACCCUCGAAGCUACGGACUCGCCAAGCUAGUCCACAGAUCGCUGGUGGUGAUACUGAUCGUUCACAUGAGCCUCUUCCAGAUGAUAGCACUGUUCUCCGUGAAGCACAGCGUCGACGAGUACACCAACACCCUCUUCAUCGCCCUGACUUACUUCGUCAACAUCUACAAAAUCCUCGCUUUUAUGGCCAAGAAUCGAAGCGUCAACGAGAUGCUGGACAAAUUUCGCUUGGAUGUAUGUCGAACGCGAGAUGCGGAGGAGGAGAGAAUCUUGGCCCAGUAUCUUCACACGGCCAACUGGACCUACAGUGCGAGAAUGAUUCUGACUCUGUGCACCGGUGUGAUACAGAUCGUUGUGCCGUUCCUCAUCGGAUAUUUUACCGGGAAGGUGGGGCUGCUGCCGUUCGAUACCUUCUUUUUCAACGUCGAAGAUCUGGCGCAGUAUGCUCUGGUGUACGCGCUUCAAGCAGUCGCGAUAGUCACGGUUGUCAUAACCGACGUUACUCUGGACUCGACGCCCUGCGCCUGUAUGAUACUAGCAUGUGCACAGCUGGAAAUUUGUCGCUACAGGAUAAAGCACGAUAACAACGUGAUUGCGAACGAGGUAACGGGUGACGGCGAGAUGAAUAGUGAAUGCAAGCCUGGAAAAGAACUGAGAGAGAAAAUGGCCUUGAAGAAAUAUGUUAAACAUUACGUUUUGAUGAGAGAGAUUGUUGAUAGGAUACAGUCAGUUUUUAUAUCGAUCGUUUUGCCGAUUUUCUGUUCAGCUUUGUUGACGCUUUGCUUUAGUACGUUUCAACUUGCUCAGAAAAAUCAAACGACUGGUGAAUAUUGUUUCAUUAUAACGUAUCUUUGUUGUUUACUAGUUCAAAUUUUUUGCCUAUGUUGGUUUGGAAAUGAAUUACAGUUCAAGGGCGAAAUAGUGUCUAAUGCUGUAUACGAAACUGACUGGACAGUAAUGAAGCCACGUAUAAAAAAAAGUUAUUGGUAUUUAAUGUUCAUGGGUCAAAAUAAAUUUAUCAUAUCUUUUCAUGGUCAAUGUACUCUAACAUUGCAAACAUUUAUUUGGAUGAUAAAAGCUUCGUAUGGUGCUUUUAAUUUAUUGAAUCAAGUGGCAGAUACUAAAUACUAA